UAUUUCGCCUUUCUCUCGUUACCUUUGCCGCUUUGGCUCUGGGGACGUAGAGAACUAUUCACAAGGGCUCCGGUUGGUGACCAAUACCAGGGUUAUCAUGGUUAUGACUGUGCCGGGCCCAGCAGGCUGCAUUGAUCGCGAGCAAAGUCGUCGAAGCUAAACUACGAGUCACCGCAGAGGGACCCGAUUCCAGAGAUUGGCCCGAGACGGAUACAGGAGCCUUCGCUCGCUCUUCGAGCAAAAGCCGCGGAGUGCAACCUGGCGUGCACUCGAGCAGGUGGUAGAGAGACUCUAUAAUACUGUGCGGUCGGUGAAGAAAGAUUUCAGUUCACUUCUGGGUCACGUUGUGGAGGAUAGACGCGAGGCGGACUACUACUAACCUUACCCGUGUUGCCACUGCACUUGACGGUGGCUGGUACUCCUCCAUUGAUCUACCCGCGCUGCAAGGGCUACAUUGUUCUAGGUUCUCGUGUGCUGGAUCCCACGUACCGCUGAAGCUAGUCCGGCACGCUCGAUCCGGGAUUAUCGCCUGCCUUCAGCGAGGACAGAAGCCGAACCUACAUUGCCUCGCACAGUCGUAAAGCUGAUUUCCGCAUCAGUUUUACAUUCACCUGAUUCGGGUAUUCACCUGCUACAAACGAGCAUUCACCUGUUACCACCGGGCAGCAGCUCUCAGCCUCGUCAAGUAUUGUACUCACGGUAGUAUUGUAGCUCCAAGUAGACCUGCUACAUAUCCUUCUCUCGCUUUUGCAACUACCGAGCAAUAAAGAGGCACAUACAACGGGCACUGGCAUUGGCUUUGCUGGCGGAUAGUAGUGACUGACGGGCUGGACAGGGUGCUCGUACCCAGUAUCCCUGAACAGUCUAUCCCUGCAUCUCCUUUCGCUGACCGAUUCGCCAGAUCUCAUUGCUGCCAUUCACGGACUCGACUAGCCACAGAAGCAGGCCCCGUUCACGCUGCAGUCUGCUGAAGGUUCAGACAGGCUUGAAAUCAGUCCAAUAACGUUAUUGUCAAAGCAUCAAAACGGAUCGAAACAGAGUAGCCGCACUGCACUGGCCAAGGCAAGAGGAAGCAUCCUGGGGAAAUCCGACCUUCAUAUUGUUGUGAACUGCACUGCGGCAACAUGACACGGGCACUAUGUCAUGCAAAGUCCUGGUGGUGACAAGAACAUUGUGUGCAUUAUAACUAUCAACCAACAAGGACCAAUACCUGAUCAUCCCCACGGCAAUCAUGUCAGUGUGGGCUGAUCCACAAGUGGAGCUGGUCCUGCGUGACGUCAGGGACAGGAUGUAUAACGACUGUGACAUACUGAGAAGUGACUGCAUGUCCAAGCAACUGAUCUCCAGGAGCCAGAGUGUCACUCUACGGUCUAUAACGAAUCCUCAAAUUCAACUGGAGCAUCUCAUCUCCAUGCUGGCAGCUGGCAGUGGACAGUCAUUUCAGAUUUUUGUGGAAAUCCUCAAGGAACAUAUUGUGGUAGGCCAAGAGGAUAUUUACAAGAGGUUGAAGGAUGCAUCAUCCCAACAUGUGGGCACCAGCACAUACGACCAAGAGGUGUACCGCCUGGCAUAUUUGGAAAGUACUGGUGGUGGCUCACCACAAACCAGUGGCAAUAUUGUUUUCGACCGAAAGAAGCUGAGGUUGCUUGAUACUCGUCAUCAAUUUGUGACAAAAAGCUCCACCAAAGGACCAAAGCAAGCGGCAUCUGCCAAGGACCCAGCCACAAAGGGUGCUACUGGAUCAGCUGGAUCAGGGGACGCUGGAUCAAAAGAAGAGAGUACGGAUGAUUCUGUAUGUGCAUCAAGCGGACAAUCAAAUGCAUCAACAGCUGAGCAAGCAGCACCUAUACCUGGCAAUCGUACUGAUGGACCAUUGACUGAAAACCUGAAGGACAGUGGAAUGGAUGAUAGAUCAAAAAAACCUAUCAAAUACGUAGAGUAUGAUUCAAGAGAAGAUGAGGGCAAGAUUUACAUGAAACAACGCCUGGCCAGUAGGGUUGUGAUUCUGACUGGCAACAUGGAUGCGCUGCUGAAUGCUCUGACAAGCCAGGAGAUUGCAACUCCAAGGAACAUUGCGGAACUGUCAACCAUCGAACAUUCAGGAUUAUACUGCCUGACCCCAUCUACUCACAACAAGAAAAAGGAAGAUGCCGAUAAAGUGCCGAUUUACAUGAUCCUCUGCUUGCUGCCCGGAGACAGCCAUCUUCAUCAUGCUCACUUGCUUCGGUUUGCACUACAAAUGUCUCUACACGUGGUUGUGUACUACGGGCAGGAGCAUCUCCUCUCCAACCAAGCUUUCUCGCUGCAACACGGCACCCAUGCCGAAGGACAAUCAUCUACAACUGGCUCUGACCCACUGAUGGGCUUGAUAUUCAGGCCACAUGGCAUGUUUGAACGAUUCAACACCCAAGACGUUGAUGUCCUGACUCUACUAUCGCAGGUGCUAAACGAGUUCCCGACAGGCGGUCGAAUGAGCCUUUGUCACCAACCAGUUCGCCUGCACUGUGUUUUGACAGUCAACAUGUAUGUGGAGAGAAAGCUACGCCAACAAUGCCUGAAGUAUGUAAAGGCCCUCUUCAGAAAUUUCUGCUUCGUUGAUCCCUCAGUCUGCAAUGACACGUCUGAUCAAGCGACAACACAGGGUGCCUGGACAGGAGCAUCGCAGCUGCCACUGCUACACCUCGCAAGCGUGAAAACAUGGGAGAUGUUUUGCUUGAGAUCCGUCGACAGCGAACACUUGUUUGGAACUGAGGUGCCAAGGGACACGUCCAGCAAGUCUCCAGCUGGCAGCGCUGCACAGUCAAGGUCUAAACCAGAUCCAUUUGUCAAUCCAAUGUGGCUGCAUGACGCUUGGGGCUUGAAUGCUACUGUUCUAAUGCAGUGUGCUGAAGACAAGCAGUCUACUACGGAGCAGAUGCACGUAUCUGGGCAGCAGCAGCAGCAACAUCAACAACUUAGGGACCAAGAAACUACCCAGGAGCUAAAAGGUGGACAGCUACAUCUGGAACAACUGCAGUGGCAGCAGCAGCAGCAGCAGCAACAACAGGACAAGGAGUACGACAAGGAGGAGCAGGAGCAGGAGGAGCAAUUAAGCCCCGGAGAACACAGCUAUCAGCAACAGCAGCAACAGCAGCAACAACAGCAAAAGGAGUACGACAAUGAGUACGACAAGCAGGAUGUGCAAUUAAGCCACGAAGAACAGAGCCGUCAGCAACAACCGCAAGGAUAUCAAGAGCAGCCGCAAGCCAUGAAUGAAAACACAUGCAGCAAUCAAUCACAAAGGAGUCAACAGCCGUUUGAAGGAGUUUGUCUGAAAACUGUAGAAGAACCAGAUGCUGAAAGCCUCACGUCAGCUGAUAAGGAAAUUCCAGACCCCGUUCCACUUGGGGCUUUGGCACGGAUCACAGAUGCUUGGAAGGGAUCCGUUCACGUCACCACCCUUCUGGCAAAAUAUGAUAACCCAGCGGUGACGCGAUUUCUCACUCGCUUCUCUGGAUCCCCACUUCUAGUUAUUCCCGAUGCAGAUUCUGCAGACUCUCUCCACGGAAUGUGGCACUUCCAACACGGAACUGGCUUGCUACACAUCUUCCUGCUUCUCAACUUCACAAUGGAUGAAGCUCAGGAGAGAAAGACUGCUGCAGCUCUGGUAUUUGCAGCAAUAGCAUUAUCCAAUGUUUGCCUCAUGCCAUCUGCCAAGCAUGGCACGUGGGUGCAGAACAUGCAGCUGCUGCACUCCAUCCUGCGAAAGGCUGUUCCCGCUGACUGUGGCCUAGUGCCCUACUCUGACAGAAAGAAUAAAGUUGAGCCGGAAAUUCUCUCCGCGUGUCUUCUCAUUGGCGGGGAAAGGAGCAGAGAAGCUGUUGCUGAUAUAAGAGGAUCAAAAGAGCUCCAGGACCUUGCAGGCAACUUCUUCUCCGGUAUUGUUCUGGCAGCUAAAAGUGGAUACGAAGCCCAAGCAAUGAAUCUUCUCUCCUAUCCACAGCGUUUCUGCCACAAAUCCUACAAAGAUCCACACCGCUUUGUGACAUGCAUCCAGCUGCUUGCCAGGGCCAUCAAAAAGCAUACAGUCAAAACCAUCCACCUUGGCGUCUUCUUGGUGAAUAGGAAUCGAAAAUUCCUCUGGAGGCUUGACCAACUAGCUCGCUUCGGAAAAAUUCCAACUGAGGAUGAUGAUGAAGGUAACAACUACACUGACGUGAAGAAUUUCUGUGAGGAAGGGUGCCUCAUGUUCCAGCUGGACGCCCUUCCGCAAUUCAAAGACGUUGUCAGUGGAGGGAUUGGUCAACUUCCUGGAGAUGAUUUCUCCAUGCCAGAGGGUGAUGCUGAGAGUAAAGUGCCUAUUCCGCCUUCCUAUGAGCAGCAAAGGUACCAAGCCAAGCUGGGUGAAUACGCUAUCAAGCAGACAAAGUUGGCGUUGACAAAUAAGCAGCAAGGCCAACGAGGAAAUGCGUCGUCGUUCUUCCAGAGGGUGGCCGGUUUUGCUGAAGAUGAGCACAAAAGGGCUCUUACCCUCAGAAAGCAGGCCGUUGCGGUGUGGCUGCAAUGUGGCACCAACAAGGAGGAGUCUGUUAGUUCAGUACCGCAAAAAACACAGAUAAAGAAGUACGAGGAUGGUCUCGAGGAAGCGGCAAAAGGCUUGUGCAAGGAGCAGUGCAGUCAUGGCUGUCAUUUUCUGUGCUUGUAUCCAAAGGAGCAUGGUGACAGUAAGCAUGAUUGCUUUACCCACCGGAAUAAGCAUAACCCUACUGGCAAGCAUACCUGUCAGACAGAUUGUGAUCCGAACGAUUGUGAUCAGUGCGGUGAAUACUGCGACCUUCAGCCAGGGCAUGAACAUGACGCCACCAACAAUGAUCCGCGACAUUUGUGUGCAAACAGGAUGACCAUUCAUCUGUGCGGACAAUCCCGGGGAGGCUGCAUCUACCAGGGUGCAAGAAACUGCCUGCAGGAAUGCCAUCUAUUCAAAGGCCACCUUGGCAAGUGCUGGUGCCGUACUGAUAAAGACAAACAUCUCUGUGCAACCCCAUGCCAGUUCCAUGAACAGCCGCAGUGUGAGAAGCUGUGCACAAAAAAAUUCCAACAUCCAGGUCGUCAUCAUUUGUGUGGCUGCGAGCACGAAUGCAUCGAACCAUGCACCAGCAUUGGGGCAUGCUGCAAGCAAGCUGAGCAACCCGACGGAGGCACGCGCUACCUGGAUACUGUGGAUGGUUGGCGACACAAGUGCACAACGAAAAUCUCCGCAGGCAGUGCACAGCACGGAGGUGAUAAACACACAUGUGAUCUAGAUUCUUCGGAUCACCUCUGUGGUAAAUCCUGCCCAUGGUGCCUUCAAUGCUGUGACACGAAGCAGUCCAGCAGGCAUGAUGUUUGCAGUACCGGCCACGGAACAGUUCACCAAGAUCAUGCUGAAAAGCACCAGAUUAAGCUGCUUAGCUCAGAACAGCCAGCUAGUGUGAGCACUCUGGUUGAGUCGCAAACAUCGAUACGUUGCUCUGAUGUUUGCAAGAAAGCUGGUGAUCGCCAUCGACACAUCUCCAAUGGUAGUGUGGUCCUGCAUUCUGAAUUCUGGAAGUAUCUCCGAGUUGAAGAUCCCUGCACUGAGGAAGAUGGCAUCACCAGCAAAUUUCACCUCUGCCGAGCACAAUGUGAGGUAUGCCAGGAAUCCUAUUGUGAAGAAGAAGUGACCCGAGUGCACCAAGACCGUGACCGCCAUCCACCAAGUGAAAAAAAGCCACCAUCAAUGAACAAUGGCAUAUUUGAGUAUAUCAGCACAAGCAAAUGCAAGAAGCCCGGACAUCGCUUCAAGUGCCAUGAAAAGCACAGUUGUAAUGACAAGUGCAAGCACCCUGUACCUCGAAAGGUUUCACUAUUCGUCACGCAAGUCAGUGUUGGCACAACUACUUGUGACCAGAAGUGCUCGCGUGAUCUCGGUCAUGAUAUUGUGGAGGGAAGUAGCUGCAAAUGCGAUGGCCGUCAUGCCUGUGGCAAGCCAUGCGAGGGAAACAAUAACUGCCAGGAGACGUGUUGUGAGGAUGAGGAUAAAGAGCACGAUGAUCAUGACUGCGGGAAGAAGGAAUGCAAAGUUCCAUGUGAUGUGACACAAUGUAGUCGCAAGGACUGCGGUAACACUAAUCCUGUAAAGCAAUGCAGGGCAGCUUCUGGCCACAACAAGAGGUGUAGCAUGCAAUAUUGUCGCAAACCAUGCAAGGCCGAAGAACAUUUCCACAAGUCGUCCAGUGAAAUUCCACACAACUGCGGGAACCACAAGUGCAGAAGGCCAUGCACAGGUGCUGGGCGGUGUCCGAAUGGAACACCGGGCAGUUGUCGUUCACCAAUCACCAAACCAUCGGCGGAUGUGCCUCAUGAUGGCAAUUGCGACAUGUCUUGUGACGGAGAACACAAAUGUGACGUAAUCUGCACUGGUUGUCGCAAGGACGUGUGCGAAAAGUCGUUUGAUCACGGAGGAAAUGAGCACGACUGUGGAAAGAAGCGUUGCCGUCACACAUGUGUUGUCAAGCAAUGUGUUAAUUGUGGAGCAAUCAAAACAAAGCAGGACUCACCACCAAUGUGCCGAGUGAAGUCUGGACGAUAUUGUAAGAUGCGAGAAUGUAUAACGGACUGCGCAAGCACUGACCACUUCCACAAACCAAGUGAUGGUGAAUACCACUACUGUGGGGAGCAUACCUGUAACAAGAAAUGCACUGUCAAAGGCCAGUGUCCUGGAGUAUCGCCCAAAGAUGAGAAGGGUACGUGUGAAGAACUCAUGAAAGAACCAUGGACCAAUGACGAACAUGUCUGUCGAUUCUCCUGUGGCGGUGAACAACGAGAACACAAGUGCGGGGGAACAUGCAAAGGUUGUGCUGGUAAAUUUCCAUGCACGAAGCCUGCUACCCCUCAACAUAACGACCACCACUGUGGAAAUGACGGCUGUAUUUAUCGAUGCCAACUGGAGAAAUGCUCGAAGUGUUCAGCAGGUGCAGUCUUUCCACAACAGCAGUGCAAGGUCGGGGGUAUCUGCAUUGGAGCAACAUGCGUGUCAAAAUGCCGAAAGGACCACUUCCAUCCCCGUAAUGGUUUGCACAACUGUGGAGAGCACACUUGCCCCAAGAAGUGUACAUUGCCUCGCUGCCCUACAACAGAUGGCAGUAGGGGUACCUGCACUGAAACGGUUACACAGCAUUCCAUCAACGGCCGGUGCCAUUCAACAAAAUGCAACUUCUCGUGCGGUGGGGACCCCAAGAAACACACAUGCAGCGAACCUUGCAGCAGUUCGAAGCUAUUAUUUUUCUCAUGCGGUAAAUCCUGCGCGUUGCCAUUGCCACAUGACACCCACAAGUGCAAGUCGCAUCAACCAACGUCAGGUGCUUCUCCUACGGCGACUGAUACCAGCGAGGAUGAUGUAGAAAUUCUCCAACUUCUGAGCGAAGUGAGGAUGGAAGAUUACAGAAAAUCAAUGUCAAGUGAAAGCAUGUACAAAACCAUGGCUGGGAGAUUUCUCAACAAAAACGGCAAACCUAAAGGAGCUGAUCAGCUUCGUCUUGCAUCAAAAUUGGAGCAGGAAGUAUCCACGUUGCGUAAGAAAGCCAUGAUAUUCUAUAACAAUGUUUGGGAACAACCACGGCAUACAGAUCCUUUGGAGGCGCACUUGCAGGAGGCAUACUCUGCAUGGCCUGCUUUUGAAACAUAUCACAAGUUAUUCUUCAACGAUCAAGACUUUGGUCCUCGCAAACCAGAUCCGCCACCAUUCCGCGAAGUCGAAAGUAGUGUUGAUAAUGGUGGCAAGGAAAGCAGCGCAUCUGUUAGUGCCCAAGGUGGAGGAGAUGGACAAGGUGGAGACAGUCGAGUUAGCAAUGACAGUGGUGAUGCUGGCGAUCAAACACCAGAUGGUGGCAGUAGUGGAGAAGUCGAUCUGAUGAAGUUCCGCUAGAACUACAGGCUACCCUCAGCCUGGUGUCAUCGACAUGUUCAGCACGUGCAUCACAUCGUCUGCUGGCGAACGCGGAUAUACAUGGUAGAUCACGUAACUGUGGCAAGCAGCUCUGUCUUGCAAAAAGACAUUCAGUUCUGCUGCAGCUUCAUACUCAAUGAGUGGUGCGGACCCUGUCAUCGGCAUGUACAACUAUACGCUACUCAAUUCCCUAAUGCAUGUUUUUUUUAUUCCUUUUAUUUUCAGUUUUGUUCCAAUUUCAAUAUCAUUCACAGCACUCUCGUUUGUCAUGAAUCUGCUGCUAAAAGACUGCACAGUACAGUUUCACAUAUGCAGAUUGAAAAAUUAAUAGCUAACAAGCUUCCGCAAGUUCCCAAAUGUCUUGUGCUUUGCCAUUUGAGAAACACACCAGGACGCACGCGGUGUAUGAGCUCAUCCUGUGAUCCAGUUGCUGCAAACCAUACAGUUACUUGUCCAUUAGAUUCUGCUUAUCUGUUCCCCAUUUUUGUACCGUCAGCGUGCUGCCUUCUCUGUACACUCUUGUUUUCCUGCGUAUCAAAUUUCCAUUUUCUGCACACGACCAUAGUUUUUCUCCCCCCCCCCCCCCCCCACACACACAUACCUGUCCCUCCAAGAAAUCGCGAUUCCACGGAUGCAACAAAUUUUGCGAUUUUGACCAAAAUCCCCGAUUUCCCGCGUUUUUGUUGUUUUUUGCACUUUUUUUACAUUUUUAUACACUUUUAUGCAGUAUACAGACUAUUACAGUGCUUUCCAUGAUCAUGUACGUACGUAGGUUAUUUGCACAGUACGCAAAUAGCGAUUCUAAGGAUGCAACAGAUUUCGUGAUUUGGCCCAAAUCCGCAAAUUUUCUGCCAAUAAUUCCCCGAAUUCGUGGCAAGUUACGCAUCUUUCGGCACUUUUGGCUGCAUUUUUUGUUGUUUUCUGCCGCAAUUUCUUGUGCAAGUUUUCAUAAAAUUUUCCGCAAAUUCCAGCAGGGACAGACAUACACACAGACCAUGCUCUGCCAUACAUGCUUCCCCUAUCAGUAGCUCACUGAAGAACCGUUUUCGUCUAAAUUCUCACAAGGAGUGAACCUAUGCGUGAACUGUUUCUUUUUAUUUACCCCUGCCCUUUUGCAAUCUCUUUCCUCAGCCCAUUUCCAAUGCCUCCACAAACCCAGGCCGUACACUGCACCACUGCUUGCUAAUGCCUUUUUCUUUGCAUUCUUUGCAUCGCCAAUCCCUGUAUGCAGCAUCAUGCACUCGGCUAUGCUUCAUGAUUACCGUUCGAUAUCAUACGUGUGCUAGUAUGGCAUACAAGCAUGCGGUGGAAUUAGAAUCCUAUAAGCUUUGUAAUGCACAGUGGCUGUAGCCUAUUUUCUUUGGUUGUUCACUUUUCCUAAACAGACCCUGGUCUGUUGUUGGCUAUUCAAUCUCUCCGCUCAGCAAACAUGCUACCUUUCACUAUUCUCA